UGCACGGCGCGUAUUCAAUCACACUGCGCUUCGGACUCCAGGAGCGAUGGCAUUCUGUUCUAUCGGCUGCCUUUUGGUUUUGGUCGCUCACUAUGGGCUGGCGGAACCCGUUGUUGACACCGCGGAACCGGGCGGGAAUAUCACGCUGAAAUGCGGAGUUGAUCCAAGUAAAAUAAACGCUUAUUUAUAUGCCGUUACGUGGUACCGGCAGGAGCCGAACGGACGAAUCCAGAUCGUCACAUCCCUGAGCAGUCUCUAUUUAAAAGACGGUCGGUAUUCUGGAUCACUCGACAACGAGAACGGACAGUAUAAUUUAACCAUAGCGGACCUCCACAGAAACGACUCGGCCGUGUAUUUCUGUAUAGCGAGAGCAGCAGCUCUUCAAUUCGCACCUGGGUCCAGCACCAAACUCAUUGUAUCAGGCGAUACGGACUGGACCGAGCCGGUUCCGGUGCUGUGUUUGGUGAGAGACACGUCUCCGGGGCGGCACCGAGUCCUCUGGACUAUCGGCGCCGAGGCAGCCGCGCCGGGCAGCGCGGAGGAGGGAGAGAUUGAACCCGACGGGUCCUAUAGCGUGCGCAGCUACGUCACAAUCAGCGCGGAACAAUGGAACAGCGGCGCUAUAACGUGCGAGGCUUACAACAUCAAAAACGUCACAGAAAAAGCCUCUGCGUCACUCUGCAGACAAGGUGAAUUACGUAGCCGAAGGGUCAUUAUUUGA